GACCGGAUAUAUAAGAACACGGUUAGAACUUUAAAAGAUAUCAUUCAUACCUUAAAAGUGUUCGAAGUUGACCUCACGAAUUGCCCAAGCUCACAGUAUAAAAUAGAAGAAAUGAAGACGUACACUGCACUCUCUGCUAUACUUGUGGUUCUGAUGUCGAUGGCUGCUAUCGGCAUGACAGACCCAGUCUUCAAGAAAUCAUAUGUGUGUCCAAACAUACAGUGUUUAGUGUCUGACUGCAACGUUGACAGUGACUGUAGRAGUGGUAUGAAGUGCUGCAGUGGUUGCUGUGCAGUGCCGGUGAAACCAAAGCCACAAGGUAAAUGUCCAAACAUACAGUGUUUAKUGUYUGACUGCACUGUUGACRAGGACUGUAACAAUGGCAUGAAGUGCUGUAGUGGCUGCUGUGCUCAGCCAAUCUAAAGACCGAAAGACACGUGGCUAAUGCAAGGACAAGAUGAGGAUGUUGCAACAUUGAGAUGAAACUAAUGAAGCCUGUUCUGAUGUUAAUAUUUCAUUGUUUAGAGAAGAAGAAAACUCCUUAACCCUAUGACAAGUGUUUAUAAAUGAUAAUAAAAAAUCAAAUGUACUGUGGCAGACUAAAGAUCAGACAAAAAAUUGAAAACGUAAUACAAGCAAACCUAGCUUUUAAAAAACUCGACUUGUAUCAGCUAUGGCUUAAUAAAAUCAAAUUCAAAUGCAUAAAAUUCAUA